AUGACUGAGACACCUUCUACCGACCCAGCUACCUUCGGGCAAAAGAAACAAAAUGAAGACCAUAUAUCAAGAGCAGACUUCGAUUAUCAGAAUGAUAUCGAUGCAGAGGAAAAGAAUGUCAUUGGAGAUGUGAAUCCAUUACCUGAUCUCCAACGAAGGCUUAAAAGCCGCCAUUUAGCUAUGAUCGCAAUUGGCGGUACAAUAGGUACUGGUCUCUUCAUCGGAAGUGGAACAGCCAUAGCCGAUGCAGGACCUGUCGGUGCCCUCAUAGCGUACAUUUUUGUCGGGUCUAUCGUCUAUUCUGUAAUGACAUCUCUAGGAGAAGUCGCUACCUUUUUACCUAUACCGGGAGCAUUUGCUUCAUAUGCAGCUCGACUAGUCGAUCCAAGCCUUGGCUUUGCGAUGGGGUGGAUAUACUGGUUUUCAUGGGCAUCAACGUUUGCUCUCGAAUUAACCGCCACGGGCUUGAUUAUUCAAUAUUGGGAGAAAUCAAUUCCUAUCGCAAUAUUUAUCGCAGUCUUCUGGGUUUUAAUCAUACUUUUGAAUCUGAUGCCUGUCAGUUAUUAUGGUGAGACAGAGUUCUGGCUAUCCAGUAUAAAGGUUAUUACCGUGAUUGGUUUUAUGAUUUUCGCCAUUUGUAUGAACGCCGGAGUAGGCCAGGAAGGCUACAUUGGAUUUCGCUACUGGGUUGACCCAGGUCCCUUCAAAGCAUAUCUAUUGAAAGAUCCUAACCAGGAUAGCCUAGCAAAAUUCAUCGGCUUCUGGGCAGUACUCAUCAAAGCCGGAUUCUCAUAUCAAGGAACCGAGCUUGUAGGAAUCGCAGCAGGCGAGACUGAAAAUCCCCGGAAAACAAUCCCCUCCGCCAUCCGAAAGUCCUUCUUCCGAAUCAUCUUCUUCUUCAUCCUGACAAUCUUCUUUAUUGGCAUUGUUGUUCCAUCUAAAGAUGGUCGUCUAACUGGCGCUGAUGGCAGCGGUGCAAGCGCCAACAAUGCGAAUUCGGCUCCUUUCGUUAUCGCUGCUAAGAGAGCUGGCGUGAGCGUUCUCCCAUCACUCAUCAAUGCAGUACUGCUCACAGUGGUGCUAUCUGCAGCCAAUUCCAAUGUUUAUAGUGGCAGCAGAAUUCUCGUUGGACUGGCAUACGAGGGAUUUGCUCCUCGAUUCUUUGUUAAAACCACAAAAUGGGGAGUGCCGUACUAUAGUGUGGGCUUUACGGCACUUUUUGGCCUGCUUGGAUUUCUGAAUAUCUCGAAUGCAGGAAGCACGGUCUUCAAUUGGCUUAUGCAGAUUGCUGGACUUGCAGGCUUCAUUACCUGGACAUCCCUUAUUAUCUGUCAUCUGGGAUUCAUGAAUGCAUUGAAAGCUCGUGGCAUUUCACGAGAUACUUUGCCAUAUAAAGCAACGUGGCAGCCAUAUUUGUCCUAUUAUGGGCUCUUUUUCAACGUCUUGAUUAUCGUUACUCAAGGAUUUACUGCCUUCAUCCCGACAUUUCAAGUGACUGAUUUCUUUAUCAACUAUCUGAGCUUGAUUCUUUUCGCAGUUCUUUAUAUUGGACACAAGGUUAUCGUUCGGCCUGCAUUCGUCCGUCCCAUUAACGCGGACAUUUACACUGGGAGACUUGAAUUUGAUCAGUGA